AUGGCUGACGCACUUCCUACAGGCUCCAAGGCGGAUAUUCCCCAGGAUCUGCUCAAUGAGGUCAAGAGGCUGGAGGACCUCUUCACUGUUGACACGCAGCUGCUCAAGAAGAUUACCGACCAUUUCAUCUCCGAGUUGGCCAAAGGUCUGAGUGUCGAGGGUGGCAGCAUUCCUAUGAACCCAACCUGGGUCAUGUCAUUUCCCGAUGGUAACGAAACUGGUACAUUCCUUGCCCUUGACAUGGGCGGCACCAACCUCCGCGUGUGCCAAAUCACCCUGACCGACCAGAAGUCCGAAUUCGACAUUCUUCAAUCCAAGUACCGUAUGCCAGAAGAACUCAAGACUGGCAACUCGGAUGAGCUCUGGGAAUACAUUGCGGACUGCCUGCAGCAGUUCGUGGAGACUCACCACGGCGAUUGCGCUGGCAUUGAUACCCUUCCUCUCGGUUUCACUUUUUCGUAUCCCGCUACGCAGAACUACAUUGACGAGGGCAUUCUCCAGAGAUGGACCAAGGGAUUUGAUAUUGCCGGAGUAGAGGGAGAGAAUGUCGUUCCCAUGUUGAAUAAUGCCCUCGAAAAGAAGGGUGUACCAAUCAGACUAACUGCCCUGAUCAAUGAUACGACCGGAACCAUGAUUGCCUCCGCGUACACCGACCCUAAGAUGAAGAUUGGAUGCAUUUUUGGCACGGGCUGUAAUGCUGCUUACAUGGAGGACGUCGGCUCCAUCCCUAAGCUUGCUCACAUGAAGCUGCCCCCUGAGACUCCGAUGGCUAUCAACUGCGAGUGGGGUGCCUUCGACAACGAGCACAAGGUGCUCCCCAGAACUGAGUUUGAUAAGAUCAUUGACCGUGACUCUCCUCGGCCCGGGCAGCAGGCGUUUGAGAAGAUGAUUGCCGGUCUGUACCUGGGCGAAAUCUUCCGACUGGUGCUGGUCGACUUGCACGACAAUCGUGACGUGCACGUCUUCGAGGGUCAGGAUAUCUCUCUGCUCCGCAAGGCCUACUCUUUGGAUUCCUCCUUCCUUUCUGCCGUUGAAGAGGAUCCCUUUGAGAACUUGCAAGAGACUGCCGAUUUGUUCAACGCCAAGCUCGGCAUUGUCUGCACACGACCCGAGUUGGAGCUUAUUCGACGACUUGCCGAGCUUAUUGGCACCCGUGCUGCGCGCCUCUCCGCCUGUGGUGUUUCUGCUAUCUGCAAGAAGAAGGAUUUCAAGACGUGCCAUGUUGGUGCUGACGGAUCCGUCUUCAACAAGUACCCUCACUUCAAGGCCCGCGGUGCCCAAGCUCUUCGCGAAAUUCUUGACUGGCCAGAGAAGACGGACCCCAAGGAGGAGGAUCCCAUUGAGAUUCUUGCUGCCGAAGACGGCAGUGGUGUAGGUGCAGCUCUGAUUGCCGCGCUGACCCUGAAGAGAGUCAAGGCCGGCAACGUUGCUGGUGUUCUGCACCCCGAGCACUUUAAGUAA